AUGCUGGGCCUGGGUAGACCAUCCCUGAAAUCACGGCCUUCCCUCAUAGAGCUCAUUGUUGCCAAAGACCAAGCACACCGUCGCUUCACGCCUGUUGCUGGUGGGCUGCCAGAAGAUCCACCCGUGCUCCGCGCCAACAUUAGUCUUCCAAGCUCCACCCAACACCGCAUACACCACCACAACCACCACCACCACUCCAACGGAACUGCAGCUCCCCGCUCCCCUCCCAACUCCCCUACUCCGCGCCUCGCACCUCCCACAAUGCCGCCAAAGGACUCGAAGAACCCGCGGCCUGGUGCCGACGAAGGACACCAUGGUUCUAUUUACUCCGUCUCCGGGCCUGUCGUGGUUGCGGAGAACAUGAUCGGGUGCGCCAUGUACGAACUGUGUCGGGUGGGCUAUGACCAGCUCGUUGGAGAAGUCAUUCGAAUCGACGCAGAUAAAGCUACAAUUCAAGUCUACGAGGAAACAGCCGGAGUAACCGUCGGCGAUCCAGUCGUCAGAACAGGGAAACCAUUGUCCGUAGAACUCGGCCCGGGAUUGAUGGAGACGAUCUAUGACGGCAUCCAACGACCUCUCAAAGCCAUUUCAGACGCCUCCCAAAGUAUCUACAUCCCCCGCGGCAUCUCCAUCCCAGCCCUCGACCGGAAGAAGAAAUGGGACUUCAAACCAACCAACUUCAAAGUCGGGGACCACAUUACCGGCGGCGAUAUCUGGGGUAGCGUGUGGGAGAAUAGCUUGCUGAACGACCAUAAGAUCCUGCUACCCCCUCGCGCACGAGGGACCAUCACCCGCAUUGCCGGCCCGGGCAGCUAUACCGUUGACGAGAAGCUCCUGGAGGUUGAGUUUGAUGGCAAGAAGCAGGAGUUUGGCAUGGCCCAUGAGUGGCCAGUCCGUGUUCCCCGUCCGGUAAACGAGAAGCUGGCUUCCGAUACCCCCUUCAUUGUUGGCCAGCGCGUCCUCGAUGCCCUUUUCCCUAGUGUUCAAGGUGGAACGGUGUGUAUCCCCGGUGCGUUUGGCUGCGGGAAGACUGUUAUCAGUCAGAGUGUCUCCAAAUUCUCGAACAGUGACAUCAUUGUGUAUGUUGGUUGCGGUGAACGUGGAAAUGAGAUGGCUGAAGUCUUGAUGGAUUUCCCAGAGCUUUCAAUAAACAUCGACGGCCGUAAAGAGCCCAUCAUGAAACGCACGUGUCUGAUUGCGAACACCUCCAAUAUGCCUGUCGCUGCCCGCGAGGCUUCCAUCUACACCGGCAUUACGGUUGCAGAAUAUUUCCGUGACCAGGGUAAAAACGUCGCCAUGAUGGCAGACUCCAGCUCGCGCUGGGCUGAGGCGCUCCGUGAAAUCUCAGGACGAUUGGGUGAGAUGCCGGCUGACCAAGGCUUCCCUGCUUACCUUGGAGCCAAGCUUGCCUCAUUCUACGAACGUGCCGGACUGAGUAUCGCGCUUGGUAGCCCCGAGCGGAAAGGAAGUGUCAGUAUUGUCGGCGCUGUCAGUCCCCCUGGUGGUGAUUUCUCCGACCCGGUCACCUCCAGCACCCUUGGCAUCGUCCAAGUCUUCUGGGGUCUUGAUAAGAAGCUCGCGCAGCGAAAGCACUUCCCAUCCAUCAACACUUCCGUUUCAUACAGCAAGUACACCAACGUGCUCGAUAAAUUCUACGCGAAGGACCAUCCGGAAUUCCCACGGCUCCGAGACAGAAUCAAAGAACUACUCACCAACUCCGAAGACCUGGACCAGGUCGUGCAGCUCGUUGGUAAAUCCGCACUCGGCGACCCAGACAAGAUCACGCUGGACGUCGCCGCGCUGCUCAAGGAUGACUUCUUACAACAGAACGGCUACAGCGAUUACGACCAGUUCUGCCCGCUGUGGAAGACCGAGUAUAUGAUGAAGGCGUUCAUGGGAUAUCAUGAUGAGAGUCAGAAAGCCAUUGCACAGGGUCAGAGCUGGGCCAAGGUUCGCGAGGCGACGGUGGAGAUCCAGAAUGCGUUGCGGGGGAUGAAGUUUGAGUUGCCUGAGGAUGAAGAGGCUGUCACCCAAAAGUACGAAAAAAUCCUGCAGGACAUGUCUGAGAAGUUCGCGUCGGUAUCUGAUGUGUAG